UCUCAUUAAGCAUCUUUUGUGUGUGUGCGGGAGCCGGGCCCGCGGCAGAGUCCGGGCCCGGGUGGUGCCCGGGCCAGGGCCUCAGCCCCGGGCGGGGAACUUUCUCCGAUAAGAGGCCUCGGGCCCCGGCCUCUGGGGAACUUGCCCCGCGCCCCUCGACGCGAGCGGGAGUCGGCAAAGUUGCUCUCGGGGCGCGGGACGGACUUGGUGCCGCGUGGAUUUCGUGGGUUUCUCUCACCCCACCUCCCCGCGUCCGGCCCUCUGGCAGCCCGGCCCCCUCGCACCGAUUCAAACCUCCCGCCCGGACCCGGUUGCACGCCGCCGCGAGCGGGCCCCGGGCCGCACUUGAGGGAAGUGCAACUUUAUCCUCGGCCCGGACUCCCGGCACCCCGGCUCCGCUCGGCCGCUGGACGACUUCGCUGAAACAUGCCCUGAACUGUCACAGAAUGAAACCCGCGCUCUUCAGUGUCCUGUGUGAGAUCAAAGAGAAAACAGGUCUCAGCAUCAGAGGAGCCCAGGAGGAGGACCCUCCCGAUCCCCAGCUAAUGAGACUGGACAAUAUGCUUUUGGCAGAAGGGGUUUCAGGUCCUGAGAAAGGUGGGGGAUCGGCGGCAGCAGCUGCAGCCGCGGCAGCCUCUGGAGGUUCUUCAGAUAACUCUAUUGAACACUCAGAUUACAGAGCCAAAUUGACCCAGAUCAGACAAAUCUAUCACACAGAACUGGAGAAAUAUGAACAGGCAUGUAAUGAAUUCACUACACACGUGAUGAACCUUCUCCGAGAACAGAGUAGAACACGUCCCAUUUCCCCAAAAGAGAUUGAAAGAAUGGUGGGCAUCAUCCAUCGAAAAUUUAGUUCCAUUCAGAUGCAGCUCAAACAAAGUACUUGUGAAGCAGUUAUGAUUUUAAGAUCAAGGUUCCUUGAUGCCAGACGAAAAAGGCGUAACUUCAGUAAACAGGCCACAGAAAUCUUGAAUGAAUAUUUUUACUCACACCUCAGCAACCCCUACCCCAGUGAAGAAGCCAAAGAGGAGCUGGCCAAGAAGUGCAGCAUCACAGUGUCCCAGGUAUCCAACUGGUUUGGCAACAAACGAAUCAGGUACAAGAAGAAUAUUGGCAAGUUUCAGGAAGAAGCCAACCUCUAUGCUGCAAAGACAGCCGUGACAGCCGCGCACGCAGUGGCCGCAGCCGUGCAGAACAACCAGACCAACUCGCCCACCACGCCGAAUUCUGGUUCUUCUGGUUCUUUUAACCUCCCAAAUUCUGGGGACAUGUUCAUGAACAUGCAGAGUCUGAAUGGGGAUUCUUACCAAGGGUCCCAAGUCGGAGCCAAUGUGCAAUCACAGGUGGAUACCCUCCGUCAUGUUAUCAAUCAGACGGGAGGCUACAGUGAUGGCCUUGGAGGAAAUUCACUGUACAGUCCACAUAAUUUAAAUGCUAAUGGAGGCUGGCAGGACGCAACAACUCCAUCUUCUGUGACUUCUCCUACUGAAGGCCCAGGAAGUGUGCACUCCGAUACCUCUAACUAAUCUCCGGCAACACUUUUCCCUGAGCUGACAUGCCUUGAUCCGUGCAUUCAGAGCAAUAGGAGGAAAAGGAAAGCGCUUUUUGUAGCCCACCAUCUACAGCUUUACUGUAAAACCUUGUCUUAUUAGAGAACUUGGUAAAUCUGUUUUUUAAGGAAUCAUAAUCAUUUGUAUUUAUACUUAAAAAAUACACAAUGUUAAAAAAGCACUUUAUCCAAUUAGGCCAAGGUUUAACAUUGUUGACAGUCCUGUAGCUAUUUUAUCAUAAUUUAUUAUCAAUAUUUUACAUGAAUGGUUUCUCACUUGCCAAUUACUUGGCCUUAAGGGUAAAAAAGUACCAUAUAUGCUAAACCUCAAUCGUUAAAGCAGAUACAAAGACUCACCUCACCUAAAUUGAACUUCUUGCAUAUUUCCAUCACAGACUUGGAUUGUCCUUCUUUCAUAUCACUAAUGGAGUUGGAAUAAAGGAGCUGUUUGGCUAACUGUUAAUGAUGGUUGUGUUUAAGAAUCUUCCUCGUCACACUUGUGUUUCGAUUUCUUAUGUUAUAAUUAGAUCAGAGACCGGUAGCAUCUUUUCUCUCUCUGAAAGCACCAGUGCCCAGAGUCUGCUCGGUAAUGACAUUAUGGAUCCAGAUUGUUUUGAGAGAUGAAGAUCCUUGCUGCUGAUACAGGUGACCACGAGAUCCGUCUGGGGGUUUUACGGUGUGCGCUGGGUGCUGCACAGACUUGUCAAGGUUUGCUACGUCCUCGGGCAUCCACACAAAGGCCCUGCUCUCUGGAGUGUUGUAUAUAGUGUAGCAAAAGAGUAUUUAUACAUCUCACCAAUCAAAACACAGCUUUAUUACCUCAUGCGAACUCAUACGAACCAAUAGAAUUUCAACAUGUUCUGUAGCUUAGAGUGCUCACUUACUACCUCUGAACAAUACUCACGCUGUAGUUUGUCUCUUUCUUAUCUUUUUGCAUCUUGUAAUUAACUCUUUGUUUCUCUUCAUAAAAUGUAAUGUACAUUGUAAUCUUUUAAAAGAAAAAUCAGGGUUGCAUUCGCAACUUUUAAAAAACUGAGAGUGGAAACAUUGGGUCUUAAAUUAACACAGGAUCAGUAAAACUGUUGUAAAUACUGAGAAGCAUUUUGAAUGUUCUUCAUCUUGUUACUAAUCCAUGCAAAAAAGAAAAAGAAAAAAAAAAGCGAUGACUAAUUGUGAUGCAUUCAGAUUUCAGUAUUCAGUACUGUAUAUUUCACCCUGUGUAAUAGGGCCCCCUCUCCUUUCUCUCUUUUUGUAUUGUAUGCGAUUCUGAAACUGAUUGAGUCAUGAAAAUAAUUUGUGGCGGUGAUUCUAAUGUAUUAAAAACGUUUCGUGUUCCUUUCUAACUGGAUUACGCCCUGGAUUGAAAAAGUCUUCCUCGUGGUAGUUAUAUGUAGUUUCAAACAUGAAUAAACUUUUUGCUUUCAUGAUUAAA